AUGUCCAUUGUUCGAGUCGAUACUGAGGCGCCGCAAGUGGCGGUACAAGAUGUCCAGGACAUCGCUGCUAAGAGUGGCCUCAAGCUGUCGGACCAGAUGGCAACAGACUACGUCACGCUUGUCAGCGGUCUCGAGGCUGUGAUUGCUAGCUUGCCGGACGAUAGCUGCGUCAUCCCCAUCCCGGAUCUUGCCAAGUAUCCGAGGAGUGAUAUUCACUUUCCCACAGACAACGAUCUCGGCGGAUGGGCUGCAAAGGUCACGGCGAAAUGCACAGUACCUACCAGCAAUCUCCUCGGCGGCCGAACCAUCGCACUCAAGGACAAUAUCGCGCUUGCUGGAGUGCCGUGCAUGAACGGAACAUCGAUGGUAGAAUGGACACCGAAAGUGGAUGCGACCGUUGCGACUCGCGUGAUGGAUGCUGGCGGCAUCAUUGUCGGCAAGGCUGCAUGCGAAAAUGCCUGCUUCGAAGGUCUAUCUGCGACUGCCAUCACCGGCAACGUCCACAAUCCAUGGGCGCAUGGGUACAGUGCCGGUGGUUCAAGCAGCGGCUCCGGCCGCCUUGUAGGGGCCGGUCUCGUAGAUAUGUCUAUCGGGUGCGACCAAGCCGGUAGUAUCCGUAUCCCCUCGGCUUCCUGUGGAAUCGUCGGACUCAAGCCAACAUGGGGAAUGGUCCCGUACACAGGCAUCAUCAACCUGGACGCGGCGCUUGAUCACGCGGGGCCGAUGACACGCACAGUGCGAGACUGUGCUUUACUUCUCGAAGCGAUUGCCGGACCAGACAGUUGGGAUGACAGGCAGGCUUUGUUGGAUCUAGAUGAUAGGAGACUGAAGUUUGUUGAGCGUGUCGACGGGAUCGUGUCGAAGCCACAAAGCGAAAUGCUGAGUGGUAUCAAGAUCGGAGUGCUGCAAGAAGGCUUCCAGAUUGAUGGCCAAGACGAGAACAUUGUCAAGUGUGUCCAGGCUGCUGUGGACAAGUUCAAAGCCCUCGGUGCGGAAGUCGCGCCAGUGUCGAUUCCCGAGCACAAACUAGCGCCACUUGUCUGGAUGAGCUCCAUUGGGCUCUCCUGUGGGCGGCAAGCAUUGCUGGGCGGGAUGGAAGGCAGAAAGCAGCUUUACAUGACUGAUCGGUUGGCGUUAAUUGGUUCCCGCCUUACCCAGCAACAGUUCGAUGCGCUUGGUCCUGGAGCGGCCAGCUUGUACCUAAACCACCUGUGGCUAUCGGAGAAGCACGGGCUGGUGCAUCAGGGGAAAUGUAUGAACUUACAAAAGUUCAUAAGCGACGCCUAUGAUAAGGCACUGAAGCAAUUCGACGUCUUGGUCAUGCCUACCCUGCCACAUCCGGCACCGAAGCUUCCAGAACAUCGCUACGAAGAGGGUCUGCUGAAGUUUACGAUGAGGACGACAGGCAUGAUUGCCAACACGUCUCCAUUUGACAAUUCCGGUCAUCCUGCCAUUUCAAUCCCAGUGGGCUUUGUUCCUGCCAGAGAAGAUGCCAAUGUCAGGCUCCCAGCUGGAAUGCAGCUGGUCGGCCGGAAAUACGAGGAUGUCGAUUGUCUGAAGGUGGCAGCUGCCUGGGAGAAAGCGUAUGAUUGGAAGAUAUUGCAAUCGUAA